AUGGAGCAGCGGCUCGAUGGCGCUAAGAAGCCGCUGGGAACUUUGUCGCCCCGCGAGCUGCUAAAGCGCGGUUGGAAUGGCGUCGUAUCGACUCCGUUAACCGUGAUAAAAGACUCGAUCAAUUCUGUGGGAAUGCCUAAUUCGCUAGUCGUGAUCCCUACAAGCCGCAUGACGCUUCCUAGUCCUACCGAAUACCCAAGCCGCAUGACGCUUCCUAGUCCCACCGAAUACCCAAGCCUUUUCGACGUGCGGAAUCCUAGCUCCACGCGCUUAGCCGACGGGACAACGAUUGCUGGCCGCACGCAGGAAGUGGGACAGCUCAUGCCACAAUUUGCACGUGAGAGCGUCAGCGCAAACUGGUGUUCAAACCCGACAAAUUUUAUUAACCGCACAUGCACGGACGAGGAGAUGGUUAAUGGAAAAGCGGCAGAAGAGCAGACGUAUUGUCAGGUUUAUCAUCACAAUUUGUACUCGGUGCUCACCAACCCUAAAGCCAGCAAAUGGGGUGGCACUCUACUCGACGCUUUAUAUCCUUCUUUAGAUGUCGACAUCGCUUUAUCCCCAUAUCCGGGACUUGCAGAUGUGUCAAUUCGUGACUUGCAACCGUACUUACGCCAGUUUGGGAUGGCAGCAGCUAAGUAUGAGGAAAAUCAUUUGAAACCAGUCAACGAGCAGCUCUCGUCAAGCAAUGUGCCAUCAAUCUCCGUCGCGGAUGAGGACGUGGCCAAGUGUCUAAAAGCAGUGCCAACCCUUUUUUUUGAGCCAGGCUUCGACUUGGCGAAUCCGAAAAUGUUUGAAGAGGUGAUGACUAUGCCUCACGCUACAUCCAUCCAAGAAGAGCUGACAACAUAUCUGGAUCGCGUAGAAUUCACAUUACUUCGUCAAGUGUCUUCACGAUCAGAUCGAUUCUUUGAAGCAUCAGCAGACCAGGAAGUGAUAAAGCAGUCGAUUAAAGCUGCAUGCGACCAAGUAGCAACUCUGAGGGUAACAAUGAAACGACUGCGGAACCUUCUUGCUGACAAAACUCUUGAUAUCGUAAGCUUGCAUCGACGUCAAAAACGCAUUAAGGAGCUCCACAAUUUAGUCGCGAUGAUCGAGGAGGUAAGGAAUGCAGAGGCUGCUGUCGAGGCCUUAGUACAAUGUCAAGACUACACGAACGCCUUGACUUUGAUUGAGACUUCGCAAGUAAUUUUAAAGGAGAAUUUACAAAGCAUUCAUGGCCUAAGCUCACUUCAUGACAAGUUUCGUGGUUAUCGUGGCUUGAUUAGCUCACAAAUUUCCCAGCGCUUUAUCUCGAUCGUUACAUCUCAUAAGUGGGCUUUCCAUGAUAAAGAGGAGUCGGCUUUAUCAAGCAAUAAGAGUCAGAAUAGCCUUAGCGAUGCGAAGGUUCAUGUACAGGAGGAAAUUACACAACUUGUGGAUGUAUUAUUUCGUGUAGACGCCUUGGAUAUUACUAUCAAGUCAUACUAUGAGCAGCUAAACGAAGAAAUUCGCAUCAUUGUGAAAACGGUAGUCACUGAAACAAUAGCAGUGUCGUUGAGCAGCAAAAGUGGCGGUAACUCUGAUUUUGGCGCGUCCCUCGGCAAUGAGUCGAAAAUAUCAAAUCAGCUGCGAGCGUUGACUUCGGAUGAAUUUCUUCAGUGUGUGCAGAUGAUCUUUGACCAUUUGCUUAUGGUUCUAAAGCGUACCACCGUAGUGCAGAGUAUAUUGGUGAAUUCCAUGCAAAACAAAAAGAACGAGGCCACGGAAGAGGAAAAGGUUGUCAAUGUUGCAAACAGAAAUGAAUCUUGCGUUAGUCUUAAUGAAGUUGUCAAAUGCAAAGCAGCCAAUUCUUCCGAGGGAUGGUCACCUCUUGAACAUGCCAGUGAUGAACAUACGACGCUAAGUGAUUGGAAAAUUAAGGCUAAGUGCUCAAAAGUGAUUCGAGAAAUCGACGAGGUUGUGCGCAAGACUUGUGAGCUCUCACAGCGUAGUGUGUCGAAUUUAUUUGCUGUAAGGAAAGAAGUUCAGGCUGUCUACACGAUGCCACAAUUGCGCAAGCUGUACGACACAACGAUGGACUUCGUCGUUAGUGUUGAAAAGCUUAUGGGCAAGACCGACUAUACACUUCGUGGAUCUCUCUUUUCUCAGCUCAAGUUGUUUCUUGAAAAAUAUCAUCAAAUUCAGGUUGCCAGACUAGUGUCCACUCUAGACCAUGAGUUGUGGAAGAAUACGGAAAUUUCUGAACCUCGUCAUAAAGCUCUCGAUGAUCUCUCUAGUGGGCGAGGCGUCGCACUCCUUCUCUCCAACGACCGAGAGAUUACCGGUGAAACAGCACCACCGCGAAAAAUGGUAUCCAUUUGCGGCAAAACGUUUCGUGUUGUAUGGUCGGUCCUCCUCAUGUUGGAGAUCACUAUGAACUAUAUGUCAUGCGCCGCUAAUUUUCCUGUAUUAGCUUCCGACGUGCUUCAGCGGUCGAUCGAAAUUUUUCGGUUAUAUAAUUCAAGAACGACUCAGCUUGUACUUGGCGCUGGUGCGAUGCAAAUUGCCAAUCUUAAGAGUAUUUCUGCAAGGCAUCUAGCUUUGGCAUCGCAGUCAUUAGAGUUGUCUAUGACCAUAAUUCCUCACAUCAAGGCCGCUCUUGCAGCUCAUUUUACUGAUCGCCAGAAGCUUCUGUUAGACGAAUUUGACCGUGUCUCGCGCGACUACGCUGAACAUAAUGAGAAAAUAUUUAGCAAAUUCACAAGUAUCGUAGAGGAGCAAAUCAUGAAUCGUUUUUUGGAGAAUAUUUCAACACAGAUUGACUAUGACUGUGCAAGCCUAACCAUCCCGACAAAUCCAAUGCGCGGCAUUACGCAAAGCACCCUUAAGCUUUAUGCUGUGCUAAAACCCAUCUUAUCUCCACCACAGAUGAAAGAUGUCAUGUCACGUGUGUUUGACAUGUUUACACAGAAGCUGCCAGAGUGUUUUAAGUUGGUGCAGCCACGAACGAGCGUAGGCAAGGAACGUGUUGUGGACGACAUCGGUGCGUUCGUGCAGAGCUUUCACGAGGUGACUGAGCAUAGUUUUGAUGGAUGUGCUCUUUUGAGACACUUUAACAAUGCCUAUAGUAGUUGA